AUGGCAAAAAUAAUUUGUAUUUCGGCUGUUAUAUUGAUAAUCUUAGCUUUGGAUAUUCAACAGGCUUUGUCAUCAGGAGGUGAUAAUAAUAUGUUAUUCUUCAGACCAGAUUUUGCAUCAACGUUUCUUGGAGGCUGUAAACAACAACGACAUGCUCAUAUUUCACAUAAAACAGAUGACGUAGGUGAAUUAGAUUUUAGUGAAGAUUACAAAGAGUUGGCACGUGGUGGUACCGGCGAUUAG